AAAAUCAAGCGGCAUACUCUCCAUUCAAAUAUAUACCAACACAAACCUUCACCCCUCAUCUCCUCUUAUCCCUCAACAUGAAGCAAAAGCUCUUUUUCUCCAUCACUUUCACCUUCCUUGCAUCCUUAGCCUCAUCACAAACAUGCCUAAGAAGCUGUGGGAGAAUUCCCCUGAGGUACCCAUUUGGCAUCGGAGAAGGCUGCGGUGAUCCUCAGUUUCAGCAAUUCAUCUGCUGCAACGGUGACGAGUUGACAUUCAAAACACACACUGGCAGUUACCCAAUAACCAACAUAGAUUACACCAAACAAGAAAUCUACAUUACUGACCCUUCCAUGUCCACCUGCGCCUGCAAUCAGCCAAGCAAAGGCUUCGGCCUUGACAGGAAUGCCCCCUUUGACUUCACCGAGGACACUAUCUUCACCCUCCUCGAGUGCUCCAUCGACUCCUCCCCCAUUUUCCGAGGCGGCAACAACUCCAGUUUUCCCAUGUGUGACCAACAGGGUUCACCCAUCUGCAGCUACUUGUACUCAUGCAAUGCAAUCAGUCUCCUCAACCUCCCCAUCUCUACCUGCUGUGUUUACACUCCGGUGGACCUCGGGCCGUCGUUUGAGAUGGAUUUGCAGACGCUGCAGUGUUCUUCUUACUCUGCAUUCUACAGCUUUAACGGCCAGCAAUCAAACCCGGAAAACUGGAAGUAUGGAAUUGCCCUGAAGUACAAGAUCAAUGUGUAUAAUUACUAUCCGAGAUUCUGUAAAGAUUGUGAGAAGAGCGAUGGAAUCUGCAGCUACGCUGCAGCUUCCAGUUCCUUCUUCUGCAACUGUCCCACAGGAAUCAACACAAGCAGUUCUUGUUACUAUGUGCAAUCUUACAGCAAUGGUUUCAGGGUUCUUCCAUGGCUAACAGGGAUUUUCCUGGUCCAUAUUCUAGCGUGGAUUCUGAGAUGGGUCUCGCUGUGAAAGAGAAAUCCAUAGAAUUCCAACCUCCAAAAGGAACCAAGUUUGGCCUUUGCUUUAGUAUUGUUAUUUCUUUUGUUUUUUUGGGUAAAAUGUGAAUUUAUUUCCGAUGCUUUAGUAUUGUUUAUUAGACUUUCUGCAAUGUCAAUGUUUAAAUAUUCUUAUAUUGUACCUUCAUAAUGAAGGAAGUAUAAAAGGGAAAGUAGUUU